UGCUCUGCUAAGUGCGGUAUGGUGUAACAGUUUUAGAAAAUUUCCAACGGGCUUCAUGUUCGGAUCAAGUACAGCGUCGUAUCAGGUUGAAGGGGGAUGGAACGCCAGCGAUAAAGGCGAAAGCAUAUGGGAUAGGCUAGUUCACACCAACCCAAACAUAAUCAAAGAUGCAAGAAACGGAGACAUCGCUGCCAACUCCUUCAACAAAUGGAGACAAGACGUGGACAUAGCGGCUGACUUGGGGCUGAACUUCUAUCGGUUCUCAAUCUCAUGGCCGCGUCUUCUUCCGAAGGGCUUCACACAUAAAAUAAGUGAGCACGGGAAGAAGUAUUAUAACAAUCUCAUUGACGCACUAUUGGAGAAGGGAAUUGAACCUGUAGUCACCCUUUACCACUGGGAUAUGCCACAGAUACUCCAGGACCUGGGUGGCUGGACAAACCCAUUAAUGUCAGACUGGUUCGCGGAGUACGCUCGCUACGCAUUCUCCACAUUCGGAGACCGUGUCAAGACCUGGAUAACGAUCAACGAGGCGCUCGUGGUGUGCGACUUCGCUUACAACUCCGGUAUCAUAGCACCCGGAAUCAAAGAACCGACUGUAGCUCCAUUCCUCUGCAAUAAGCAUAUACUGAUCGCCCAUGCCAAAGCCUAUAGAAUUUAUGACAAAUACUUCAGACCUAAGCAGCGAGGUAGAGUGUCCCUUUCCAACAACCUGUUGUGGAUAGAACCGCUCACACCUUCUGAUAAAGCACUCGCCGAGCUUGCGAGAGAACAUUCUACUGGUCGUUACUCCCAUCCAAUAUUCUCCAAGAAAGGUGGUUGGCCACCGUCGAUUGAAAAAGUUAUGGCAGAAUACAGCAGUAAACAAGGAUUCAACGUGUCCACGCUACCCAGUUUCACUAAGGAAGAAAUUAAAAUGAUGAGAGGUGCCUAUGACUUCUAUGCUCUUAACCACUAUACAACUCGCUUUAUCAGACCCGCGAAUCCAGGGGAAGAUCCCGGAGUGUGGUUCGUAACUGGCUCACCUGAAAUCAAUGGCGUGUUAGUGGCUGACCCUGCUUGGCCUUAUGGAGAGUCGAGGUUACUGCCGUUAUACCCCGAAGGUAUCCGUCGGCAGAUCGCUUGGCUAAUGAAGCGGUACGGUAACGUGGGCUUCCUCAUCACGGAGAACGGAUAUUCGACUUCUGGCAGUCGGCUAAACGAUGAGGAUAGAGUGAAAUUCAUCAAAGACUACUUGGAGCAGGUGCUUCUUUCUAUUUGGGUAGAUGGCGCUAAAAUCAUGGGAUACUCUUAUUGGUCAAUGAUAGACGAUUUCGAAUGGAUGGAUGGUUAUAGUGUAAAAUUCGGUCUUUACGAAGUGGACUUCGAGGAUUCGGAACGCGUACGCACUCCGCGCGCCUCGGCUCAGUACUACGCAAAUAUCAUACGUACAAACUCCAUCGACUUCGAUGCUCACCAAGAACCGAACCCACUACGUCGUUUACGACGCAAGGGACCGGAAAAUGGCUCAUCCAUCUGCAUCGGAAAUCUUGUUGCAGUUAGUUUGUGUUUUGUGAUGGCGUUCUUGUUUGUUACAUAG